AUGGAAGAAUACGAAUUCCGCGUCUACAGAAUCAGCUACGCGACGCGUGAUUCCGAAGAAGGACAAAACUCGAAGAUCGCAUCAAAGGUGGAAGAAAGUUACCGACGAGUCAACAGGCAUCGAAUUCCAAUCAAACUCAAGACAUUCUGCUGGCUCAAUUUCGUCACCCUUGUAUCAAUCCUCAUCACCAUUGGCCUUUAUAUCUGGGCAGGCUGCAUCCACGAUGGUACCGCCCUUGUUGGUCUGGCUACCAUGUCUUUGUCGACCAGUGUAGCCAGUCUCUCGGCGCGCUGGUAUCCCCGCCUCAGCGGCCGUUCGUCGCAAGCAGAAGUACCUAGUGGAGACGUGAUUAUACGCACCCGGGCAGGUGCUUUUAUUCUUGUCUACGGAGAUGACGACGUCAUCCGCGAGUUGUACGAAGGAAUGGAGGACUGCGAGUACAUGUUCAAGGGGAACACGCACCACCGACUGCUAGGAACUAGCACGUUACUUCUCAUGGCAUCGAUUAUCCUGCUGAGUAACUGCGGUUCAGAGAUGCAGAUUGCCAUCGGUGUCGCUUACAUCAUUCUGAACGCCCUGUACUGGCUGUUAGCGUUGCUGGUCGAGCCGCGCGAUCUGUGGGAUAUGAGCAGAUAUAAGAUUGAAUUUGUCGAGUGUCGUCCGAGUACCCCCGACUCGAGCUACACUGAGACGUUGUGGGCUGUCAUUAAUAUGACGGGAAGUGUGGAGUGGGUAGCGAAUGGUGAAUUGAUUCCCCAAACACCGGCUUGGGAUCAGUGGUUGCAGGAAGCGAAGGAGCAUAUUGGAAAGGACUGGGAUCCUGUUAGGAGGAAGGAUGAACUGAUGAAUCCUAGACUGGCGUACCGCAAUGGGCGGUGGUUUGACUGA